AGCAAGAGCCGCGGCAUUGAGUAGAAAAGGGACAUAGUUUUUGAAAAGUCCAGGAACCACGUAUAGCAGACAGAGAACCACGGCCCGGAAGAAUAUUAGUUUGCUCAAAAGAUACAUUAUACCCUUGUUGCCCCCGCCUCCACCUCCUUGUGCCUGUCCCAACCUGCCGCUUCCACCAGCCGACGCAGCUUUUACCGGGCGAUAUUUUUUCGACAUCCGGUAGUUCCUUCGCAGUUCCCGCACAAGAAUUAGUAAGUACUUGGUUUGCCUCGUUCCGCCGUCUUUCCACGCCGUGAACGACAUUCCGUGCUGAAGAUCAUGGAGUACUACGACGAGUAAAAGUUGCAAAGAACCUCCACCCUCGUAGUCACGUGUACUCUUUUCCGGUCUACUACUCCUGUCUACGCAAGAACGCCAAGGCCAGCACGUCGAUUCCUUUUGGACCACCGCCCACAUGGAGGGUUUUAACGCGAACAAAAAGAAUCCACCGGUGGUACGGACCACGCGGGCGGUCCCUGUGGACCCCAAGAUCCUUGACCGCGAGAUUCGGAAGCAGAGGAAGAUGCUGGACCAGAUGAAAGAAGAGCCGCAAAGGUGUCGCCUUUUGAAGAAAGAUAUCCACAGGAAAUUCAUUCCCGUACACGUACAAGUGCGGUCGCUGCAUGACAAAACUUGGCUACGAUCCUAGUGUAGCAUGACAAGUGUUAGUACACUCCAAAUUGGUGAAAUUGGUUGCGACGGUGCAUCUAGUACAUGUACGGGAAAUUUGUAUUGCAUAAAAGAGCGGGAGAACUGGGACGUCGGACGAGAACUCGACGCGACGCGGGUCGCGACCCGGGAAAGGCUGGCCAUAUGCAGUCAGAAAGCAGGUUCCUUGACAGUUUUUUAUGCUAGAAGUCUAUUGAUUGUUGUUGUAGUUGUUCCUCUCGAGGUUCCUGUUGUAGAGUGGAUUUUUUUUUCGAAGGAAGCCUGCUUUUCUUGUCGGCUAAGGAAAAAAAGCUCGAUGCACUCGUGCGGGUACUUCUAUUUUUUACCAAUGGUUCUUUGAUUUAAUUUAACUUUGGGCAGCUUUCGACGUUCUGAUUAAAACAAAAACCAAAACACCAUUCGCAGAGUCCUUCGACAAACGCCAGCUGGAAUUGAAAAACGUGGUGCUCAGCAAUUCGCCCCUCGUUUUCUCUAGAAGAAGCCCCCUUUUCCAAACAUCUUAUUCAGGAAGUCGGGGCUUCUCGAGAUUUCCUUCAGAAGGGGACAUCCCUUCUUCUGGGCUUUCCGCGUGAUUUCCUUUGGGAAUUCCCUUCUCCUGGGUUUUUCGCAUGACUUCCUUUGCGAAAUCCCUUCUCCAUCUCCUGGGCUUUCCACGUGAUUUCCUUUGGGCAAUCCCCUUUGCUGGGCUUUCCGCGUGAUUUCUUUUGGGAAAUCCCUUCUCCUGGGCUUUCCGCGUGAUUUUCUUUGGGACAUCCCUUUUCCUGGGCUUUCCGCAUUAUUUCCUUUGGGAAAUCGCUUCGUCCGGGUUUUCCGCAUGAUUUCUUUUAGGAAAUCGCUCGCCCCUGGGCUUUCCGCGUUUCUUUAUAGGAAAUCUCUUCCUUAGGAGCCGGCCGCUGAUCUCCGCGUUAACACGUAGUGGAGGCAAGCUCCUUCUGAUCUUCACUGCGAAACAGAGCGGAGACGAGCUCGGUGGCUAAGGUUUGGGUGGGAUAGGGUCUGUGAUAAGUAUCGGGGUUUCUCCUUCGAUAUGGAUCAGAGGGUCCGCGAUGUCGGACUUUUCUCCUUUGAUAUGGAUCAGACGACUUUUCUCCUUUGAUCAAAGGAGAAAAGUCCGGACUUUUCUCCUUGCAAAGGAGAAAAGUCCGCUGGAUUGAUACCAGAGCGAGCAGCUCCUGGUCCAAGUCCUUCUGUUUUUGCUUCACAUCCUUCUGCUUUAGCAUCAAAUCCUUCUGUUUUAGCAUCAUAUCCUUCUGCUUUAGCAUUCGGUCCUUCUGUUUUAGCAUCAAUUUCUUCUGUCUUAGCAUCGAUUCCUUCUGUUUUUGCAUCAAUUCCUUCUGUCUUAGCAUCGAUCCCUUCUGUUUUUGCAUCAAUUCCUUGUGUUUUUGCAUUUUUCUACAUAUCACGCGUGCUGUGAUAUCAACAGCACAAUCGACUUUUCUCCUUUUUUUCUUUGAUAUCACGUGAUAUCACGUGAUAUCAAAGGAGAAAAGUCUUUUUUCAAAGUUUAAAGACCCUCUAAUGUUCUGAUGAAAACAAAACAAAAACCAAAAUACCAUUCGCAGAGUCCUUCGACAAACGCCAGCUGGAAUUGAAAAACUUAUCUAGAGUCCUUCGACAAACCGCCAGCUUGUCUUAUCUAGUGUUGCCUCUUCUCCUUGGCUCGCAAGGUUCUACUCCCUCAGCGUUCAAGUUUUCUUUCCUGCAUGAUCUCCGGCGCCUUCUACUUAUUUCUACUCAGCUCUGCAGCUGGUUUUGGCCUGCGCCGCCUAUAUUCCCAUCACUCACAGGCUGCAUGCUAUGUGGCCACUACUUUCAUUCAAGUGCCGGCUAUACGACGCAGCGCCGACCGUUGCGCGGGUUCCCAUUUGUUGUUGCGGCACGAAUGCGGCGACCGGCAUUGGCUCGCGGCGUCAGGGGACGCAUUCAGUUUCUGGCUACUUCCUACGCACCUAUGCGCGUCCUUGGCAACGCAUGCUGUGCGGUGAGUGUCUGUUGUUCCAACUUUUUCAUCUAGUUCUAGUGCUAGGCUAGCUAUAAGCGGCCGCCUCUCACUUGUCUUUCUUCAUCUGUAACCAUGCAGCCUUCGUGUCGACGCCUCUUAUUGGUGCUGCGGCGUCUGUAAGAUGGGGCACACGAGGCGUUGCUGCAUGUGAAGCCGCGUCAUCUUCGGUGCGUUGUUUGUGCUUCUAUGGUUAACGCAAGUGGUAGCUCAUCGGGCAACUAAGCCUUUGUUGGGUUUCGUGCGCAAGCAUACAAACAUUGCUCGCGUCUUCAUGUCUCUAAAUUGGUUGGGCCUCGCUCUCAGGAUCAUUUGUCUUCAGCAACCUGGGUUGGCGUGUCUUUCUCUUCACGCCUGUGCUACAUGUGGAAUUGCUUUCCGUUUCUCGCCACGGCCGUCAAGCACAUGUCAGGAUGCUCAGGCUUUUUCGUUGUCUCUUCUCUUCUUUUUUUUGUACUUCUGUUGCUCCGUAUGAAAACAAAAUGAGUCGGCUCACGUGCGUGUGCACAACGAACCCGCGCUGACAAGCGCUUUUCGUUUUCAUACUUCGCAACCUCGUACCAACGGGCCUCUCUUUCUCCGCCAUCGGGGUUGUCAGCUUUUUCGGUCUGGCGACCCGCGUUCGCUAGCUCGGCCCGUUGUUGUCUCCGACAGAUCAAGUUAUAAAAACAAAAACCAAAACACCAUUCGCAGAGUCCUUCGACAAACGCCAGCUGGAAUUGAAAAACGUGGUGCUCAGCAACGAGGGCUUCAUAAAGGACACCGACAUCAAAAUAGAGCGGGCAGAGAGGAAGGCCCGGGACGAGCAGCUUGCAUGUACAACAUUGACCAGGCGGGCUUUUUUUAUUUCAUGCGAGCAAUUCGUUUGAACUUUUUCUUUUCAAUGAUAAAGAUGAACCGUACUCACUACCCUGACAUUGUCAUUGUUCCAUGUUGUACUGAUACAAAAAAAAUCACAUGCACCUCCUCCACAGGUAAGAAGGCAGACGAGGAGCUGGUCCAGGUUACCCAAGAGUACACUUCGAAACUGCUCUAUGAAAAGAAAAAAGUUCGUCACAGUCACUAACCGUUGCAGGCUCUUUUGCAUCAGAAACUUUUUCUGGCAUCUCUGGUUUUAUUUCUUGCCUUGCAGGAGAUAAAGAAACCAGAACUACACAAGGGCAAUAAUCGCCUAAAAAGUUAUUUCAGGACUGUGAUGCAUUGUUAUUACGCAUGUCAUGCCAGAAUAUUGUUAUUGUGUAUUGCAAAAAUUAUGGGCAACAUGAGUGAUCGUGACGAACUCUUUUGCUUUGAUAUGGUCGAGCGUGAGCACGAGCUGAAGGAUAUCAUGCACCAAAUGAACUUUCAGAAUUUUCUUCAGGAUUCCGCCCGGUACUACCAAACGUUGAAGGAUACGGAAUGGAAGUCGCUUGCCGUCGAGGCGAGAAAAAAGGCACUGGAGGACGCAAAAAAGCAGCUGCAACUCGAGGAUCAGAAGGGCACGACUGCUAGUACAACGACCAAUGUGAAAGAUAAAACGUUUCUAACGCAGCAGCAAUGAUAAUGAACUACGCUUCAAGUAGUUGUGAUGAACUACGACAACGAUCUACCAGAACCAGUCCUAUAGAAGAUGAGGGCGCUUGUUUCAUGAAAAGUUCAUUGCUUCUCAGUUUACUUCUUCCUCCUUGUCUUUGAGAGCUUUUGUUUCGGAUGAACAAUUGAAAAUGCAAUGCAUCAUAAGUACUUAUGAUGCCACCUCCGCGUCGUGUCAACAAUCAGAAACAGAAUCAUAAUUCAACUCGGUUGAUCGAUAGCGAGUUAGAGUUUUCACUGGCGUGGUUUCUUGUACGAUUGAUGAACCUGCUUCUGCAGACCUGGUUCAACAUGAACAUUUGACACGUGGUGGUUAUCGCUAGUAUGGCGACAGGAGGAAAUGGAACAAAAACCAAACGAAUGAAACGCUAGCUGCUUGAGGAAGGAGCAACAAGUACAGAAUGAAGCGAAAAAAGAGGUAAAUGGAAAUCAGAACAGCACUAUGCAGACGAGUUAAAAACAAGUACAAUAUUUUGGCCUGCUGAAGAUGAAAAUCCUGUGUACAAUAAAGAUAUUUUUUGCUUUCUGCAUUGGGAUAAGAGUUAAGAGAAAGUGAAAGGUAAGAGAAGGACGAAGAUGAUACAACGCCAGCUGUGACCACAUCAGAGCGGAAGAAGGACACAGCAGUGGAGAAGCCAUUUUUACUUCUUUGGAACGAAUGAAUUUUGUUGUCCAGCAGGCAGCGGACCACAGCCUAGCAACACAGUAGCAAAUCGAGUGACGGAGUAGAU